AAUCCAAUUUUGAUGUGCUCGUCCUGCUGGUUCUGCUACAUGGUACUAAGCACUUCGCGCAUUCGCGCAAAGUAUGCUUUGAUCUUUAGCGUGUGUAGAUGAAUGCGACAAGUACGAGAUACGCCACCGAAGUGUGCGAGCCCGUCUGCACGAGGCGACCCGUUUGCCUUAUUUUUGAUAGAGCUCGGACUGUAGGCAUAUUCUUGCACUCCUGCUGCUCUACACGGCAAGAUGACGUCGUGUAGACCCUCGUACGGCAGCUACUGUUGUGUACCGUGGUGCCAAAACAAUGGAAGAACGCAAAAGAAGCCCGGAACCUGUUUCUUUCGCAUCCCCCAGGACAGCAGGUCGGCGGCAUGGGUGACAUACUCCCGAAGGGCCGACCUUAUGGAAAAGCCAGCCAGCGUAUUGUACACUUCAUACAGGAUGUGCAGCGAACAUUUCACUGCACAAGAUUUCAUGGACCCAGGGCACACGCGGCUCACAAAAAGAGCUGUACCUACAGUUUACCCAGAUUCUGUUGAUGUGUCGCCUGUUCAAGUUUUUGUGGUUACAUCGCCUCAAAACACAGUCCCAGAGGACCAUCUGGAAAGAGCUGUAUGCAUCAUCUCCUUGUCUGAAGACCCUGCUGUGCAAGGCUACAGCCAUCCUGUGGAUGAUGAACAAGCCGGUGAGGAUGUCGUGGAAGAAACAUGCGAGAAAAGCUCCCUCGUGGCAGCAAGCCAUGUUGCCGAAGGAAGCCUGCAGGUGAUGUAUGGCUGCAACACCUCCUUGAGCGAGCUAGGUGCUGCAGACUCUCAAGUGGACCUGUCUGGCAGCAGUUCGAGCGGGGCUGAGUGUUAUGCUGUGCAUGAUGGCAUGUCCACAAGUACCAGUGGCUUUAUUGACAAAGCUGCAAGCUCAGGAGGAGACCUUCCUGUUGCUUUCAACGGUGUAGCAAGGGGCUCUCCAUCAAAAAAAUUUAGGACAACCAUCCAACGACUGCAGUCCAAGGUGGCAAGCUACCGGCGGACCAUCGCACGGUUACGGAAGCAGCAGAGCAAGCUACUGCCAUCAAUUUCGAAGGCACUGGAAAUUAUCCGUCCAUGUGUGACAGAGGAGGUUUUUAAACUUCUAUGUGCACACAUGCAGUUGCAGCAGAAGGGCACUGGCAAGCGGUUCCCUGCUUGGGUCAGGAAGUUUGCUUUGCAUUUGUAUUUUCGUGGACCACGAGCUUAUGAAUAUUUGGCACCAAUUUUCUCUUUGCCUACACCACGUUCUCUGAGGCGGUGGAUAAGUAACCUGGCGGAUGAGCAGGUGUGAUUCCUAAAUGUAUGGAGUGUUUCAGCGAGCAUCAAACAUGAAAUUAGUGUAACCGAGUGUGCACACUAGUGUUUGAUGAAAUAGCUCUAAACAAGAAUUUGUCUUAUGAUAAAGUUCAAGAAGUUCCUGUAAAUAUAUUUCUGGACACGUUUGUGAUGGCAUGUCCAAUUUGUGGUUCCCUCUGAAGGUGCAACUGCACCUCCAGGUGGUCGAGUGGGGUGCAACAGUCCUUUCAGGAUGCUAUUCAUUGUGAAGUGCCAUUCUGAACCCCUGCAGCUUUGCAAUGUCAAUUGUUUAACCUUCGCCACGUGCCUAAGGGGAAGGAGCUCAAGUACGAUGCAGUGCACAAUGUGGUAGUCUCGGGAAGAUUACUCAAGCCAGUUCCUGGUUUUAAAGGCUUAGUGCAUGUGUUGAUAUUGUACAUGUGACAGAGCUGAUGCGAGGUAAUCUUGCAGAAUGGUUGAGUGAGUGGGUGAGGCUGCAGAUUUCAGUGCAGAGCAAUGUAGUGGUCUUGCAAAGACUACUUUGUGUGUGUUGCCCAUUGGAUACAUAAAUGACAAAAGCAGAUGUGGGUGCUUGUGGAAGUCGGCUUGUGGAAUGGUCGUUGGGUGAGGGGGUGU